AUGUCGAAGACUGCUCAAAAACGUCUAUAUAAAGAAAUGACGCAAUUGAUAAAGGAUAGCCCGGCUGGGAUUGUGGCGGGCCCAGUGUCUGAGGACAACAUGUUCAUUUGGGAUUGUCUCAUCGCAGGUCCACGAGACUCGCCAUAUGAAGGUGGCGUCUUUAAUGCAAGCCUGUCUUUUCCGCGAGAUUACCCACUGGCUCCACCCAAGCUCGUCUUCACGCCUAGUAUCCUGCACCCUAAUGUGUAUCCCAACGGCGAGGUAUGCAUUUCGAUCCUGCACGCGCCAGGAGACGACCCGAAUAUGUACGAGCUUGCUGAGGAGCGGUGGUCACCUGUCCAGAGCGUGGAAAAGAUCCUUUUGAGUGUGAUGAGCAUGCUCAGCGAGCCCAAUGUCGAAUCCGGUGCCAAUAUAGAUGCGUGCAUUCUGUGGCGGGACCGCCGCGCCGAGUUCGAGAGGCAGGUCAGAAUAUCUAUCUUGAAGUCCUUGGGACUUAUGUGA